GACAAUAUUUUCCCUGAUCUUUUGCACCAUGCUUUGUUCCAACAUGCUUUCCACUGAUGCCUAUGUAUGAACUUGGCGCUGUACUGAUUGAUGAAAUAUUAGGGUCCUAUUAAUAUUAGUGGAGAGAUAGUUGUUAUUGGCACUCUAAAAUAGUUGUCACGUACUUCACAUUAGUGAAAGAAAAGUGAAGGAAUGAGUAUUUGGAGUGUUUAUAACAAAUAUAUAAAGACGUAAUUAGUAAAUAUUUUAGGGGUUAAUUACACUAAAUCCGUUUUUUGAGUUUUCACAAAACCCUCUCAAGUUUGGAACAUUACACAAACACCCUUUCAGGUUUUAAUUCACUUUCACAAAUACCCCUUGGUCGAAAAUCUAACUAUAAAAAGAUAAAUUUACCCUAUAAUUAAUUACUUAACAAAAUAAAAAACUUUUAUAAAUAAAUAAAAAAAUCAAAUCAAAUUAAAAGUUAUACAAAAACAUUAAAAAAAAUUAAUUGGAAAACCUUCCUUGCUAUGAGGGAUUGAGGAGGACUAGGAACCUGCCUCUAUAGGAAAACCAAGAGUUGAUUCACUUUUCUCAGGUAUCAUCUGCAACACACACAGGGAGAUCAAGAGGGAGAAAGUUUGAUCACUUCCUCUCCGUCUCCGAUCAAACACACCUUCAUUUUUAUAUUUUUACACUUUCACAUUUGAAUUUAAUUAUUCAUUGCGUUCCAUUUUGAAACCUUUACUACAAGAUCAUUGUUUUUGUCAAAUUGCGUGCAAAAAUUCCUAUGACUCUCGAUUUUUCAUUCAACUAUUGAAUAUCAGCAAACGGGUCACUUCAAAGCCUGCCAACUACUACGACAACAAUGUGGACUCGGUUAAUUAUUCAUCUCUUCUCCUGCACCUCCAAGCAUAACCCCAGAUCGAGCCUCUUAAUCUUCGCCUCAGUCACCAUUGCACUAGCUCUCACAAUAUGCUACUUUCUCGUUUUCGCACAAAUUCAAGAAAUUUUGGUACUAAACGGUGUUGGAUUGUCAUCAAAGGUGGGAGUACGGACAGCCAGAUACUUGUAUUUAAGUACAAAGUCUGAAAACGGAUGCAGGACCAGUUAUAUAGCAAAAUGCAGAUUCUUGAGGCUCUCUCUACCCAUAUUAUCAAUUCUCAUAUGGCAUUUGUCAAAGGCCUUCUUCAAAAGCGCCCGCGGGAUGCUUAGCAAAGGUGGUGAAAUUCAUGUUUCACACAUGGUAGGCUACCCGUAUGAUCAAUGGAAGUUGAAGGAGCUUGCUGAGAAAGCAGGCCUGUUUUUGAAAGAGAAAGUGUGGUUCAACAAGUCAGACUACCCUGGUUACCACAGUAAGAGGGCUGGCGGCAUCCAGAGCAACAAAAUGUUUCGUCCGAAUAAAAAAACAUGUUACACCUUCAAAUUUUCUCUGAAUCAAACAAGUUCUGAACUUUCUGUUUGUAAUCCCACAACCAGCAUUGUAAGUGAUGGCCCUUCACCACCUGGCUAUCAGGGUUACCUUUGUCCUCCAGCUCCCCCAAGCCCCACACCCUCUCCCCGCCUAGACGAUUAUGAACCUCCGGCUGCCCCAAGCCCACCCUUACCCCCUUCCUGCCAAGACGAUGAUGACCCUCCAGCUGCCCCGACCCCGCCUUCACGCCAAGUUAAUGAAGACAUCGGCUGCUACUCAGUCCUUAGAGGCUGUUUGUGUGCAAUUUUUCGCUGCUGGCCGGAUAUUGGACGCUCGCUGCUUUAGUCCAUUAGAUACAUUUGCUCUUUUAUGAACGGUGCUACUGUGUGGUGUUUGGUAAUAAUUUUUUAAUGGUUGAGAUGUCAUGUUUCGUGUUUCCUGCAUUAGAUUUUAAAGAAUGCAGCAUUGUAUUUGGUACAGACAAGAUUUUGGGGCAGCUGGAUAUGUGUAAGUAGUCCAGGUAAAAACGGUUAAGAGAAUGUGAAAUCGGGCCCUGGUCUCUGGGUUGAGCUUAUACGGCAAAACAAACUAAUCUCACGACUUUGCCAUCAUUUAAAUUUUAAAUUUUAGCCCAUCUUUAUAAAUA